CUUCCGCAAAGUGUCACGUCGGAUGUUGGUGUGGGAGUUAGAGCUGGCGCUUAGUGUUUCGGUUUUACUAGAGGGACUCUUCCAUUUCGGUUGAGUUCUGCUCCCUGGGAAAUAACAGGUCGACUCUUUUAAUAUCGGAGUUUGAGGACAAUAUACGGCAGUUUUUGUUGGGUGUCACUCUAUGCGGGAAAGGUUAUUGUCAUAUUCAGCUGUUUAGAAAGAAAAAUGAGUGUGGAAGCAUACGGGCCGAGUUCACAGACUCUCACCUUCCUGGACACAGAGGAAGCAGAGCUUCUUGGAGCUGAUACCCAGGGCUCGGAGUUCGAGUUUACAGAUUUUACGUUGCCAAGCCAAACUCAAACGCAGGGUCAGACUCAGAGUCAGCUGGAAAACCAGGUAAAUGGGCCAGAUGGUACCUUGCCAAAUGGUACAGUAGAAGAUGCUGUUGCAAAAGCAAGUCAGCUUUUAGCAGAGCUCAAUUUUGAGGAAGAUGAGGAAGAUACUUACUACACAAAGGACCUUCCUGUCCAUGCUUGCAGUUACUGUGGUAUUCAUGAUCCAGCAUGUGUUGUCUACUGCAACACCAGUAAGAAAUGGUUUUGUAAUGGACGAGGGAACACGUCUGGCAGCCAUAUUGUAAACCAUCUUGUCAGAGCGAAAUGCAAAGAGGUGACACUGCACAAGGAUGGACCACUGGGUGAAACUGUUUUGGAAUGUUACAACUGUGGAUGCCGCAAUGUUUUUCUUUUAGGUUUUAUUCCUGCCAAAGCUGACUCUGUAGUUGUGCUGCUUUGUAGGCAACCCUGUGCCAGCCAGAGUAGCUUGAAAGAUAUUAACUGGGAUAGUUCACAGUGGCAGCCAUUGAUUCAGGAUCGCUGUUUCCUUUCAUGGUUGGUUAAAAUACCCUCUGAGCAAGAGCAGCUGAGAGCACGUCAGAUUACAGCCCAGCAGAUCAACAAGUUGGAAGAACUGUGGAAGGAAAACCCGUCUGCAACACUGGAGGAUCUAGAAAAACCCGGUGUAGAUGAAGAACCGCAACAUGUUUUGCUGCGUUAUGAGGAUGCUUAUCAGUAUCAAAACAUCUUUGGACCACUUGUAAAACUUGAAGCUGACUAUGACAAAAAACUUAAGGAAUCACAGACUCAAGAUAACAUCACUGUAAGAUGGGAUUUGGGCCUGAACAAAAAGAGAAUUGCCUUUUUUACGCUGCCCAAGACAGAUUCUGAUAUGCGUCUGAUGCAAGGAGAUGAGAUCUGCUUGAGAUAUAAAGGAGAUUUGGCUCCACUCUGGAAGGGAAUUGGUCAUGUCAUCAAAGUUCCUGAUAAUUAUGGAGAUGAAAUUGCUAUAGAACUGAGGAGCAGUGUGGGCGCACCUGUUGAAGUUACUCACAAUUUUCAGGUGGAUUUUGUCUGGAAGUCAACAUCUUUUGAUAGAAUGCAAAGUGCCUUGAAGACGUUUGCAGUUGAUGAGACCUCUGUAUCUGGUUACAUUUAUCACAAGUUAUUGGGGCAUGAAGUAGAAGAUGUUACAAUUAAAUGUCAGUUGCCCAAGCGUUUUACAGCACAAGGACUACCAGAUCUUAACCACUCUCAGGUUAUUUCCUUAACUUUUUAUUUGUGCAUCAAGGACUUACUGGACCAAGGUGUAAUAGAUUUUAGUACAUACCGGUAUCUAGAAAAUGAGAAUCCCAGGGUACCAGCCAUUUUCAGGGUACCAAAAAUUCAUAAAGACAUGGAAAAUCUGCCUUUAAGGCCUAUUGUUUCUGCCCAGGGAUCUAAGAUUUCACCCCUUUCAAAGUUUCUAGAUUGUAAACUUAAAUCCUUGUGGGGUAGAGAGCAACAUUUACUUAAAGAUUCCUGGGAAUUUUUGAGUAAAAUUGUUCCUAAGUUUAAUGUUCCUAGCCUACAGUUUCUCACUAUAGAUGUGAUUGAUCUUUUCUCUGUUAUACCACAUGAGAAAGGAUUACUUUGGUUAGAAGAAGCUUUGAGAGAAGGAAUACAGGCCAGUGACACUGAUAUUUUCUUAGUCAUGGAAUUGGCGGAUUUAGUAUUACAUAACAAUUUUAUUUACUUUUCUGGUGAAUAUUUCAAGCAGAAAUCUGGGGUGGCCAUGGGCGCUAACUGUGCCCCUACCUAUGCUGACAUUGUCUUUUCAGUAUGGGAGAAGAAGUAUAUUGUUAAUAGUGAAUACAGGAAUAACUGGAUAUUUUACUCAAGGUUUUUGGACGACAUCUGUAUAUUUUGGACAGGUUUGACCGGUACUAUAGGGGAAUUUAUGAAUUACUUAAAUUCCACCACUGAUUAUUUGACCUUUACUUAUCAGGUCAGUUCUGAAAGGGUCAACUAUUUGGAUGUGACAUUAAGUAUCCAUGAUACCGGUUUCAAAUUCUCCAUUUACAGAAAACCCACCUUUUCCAACAGUUAUAUUCAUUAUAAUAGUUCACAUCCUAGAUAUCAGAAAAGGGACAUAGUCAAGGGCCAGUUUGUUUGGGCCUCCCGAAUGACAUCGGAUGAUUUUGAAUACCAAUUAGAGUGUUCUAAACUUACUGAGAUGUUUCAGGAAAGGGGUUACCCUGAAGAAUCCAUUACUAGUAUUCGUCAAGAGGUUCAGGAAGGCAGGAAUACUAAAUAUCAACCUAUAUUAGGUACAGGGAAGUUGGUAAAAUCUAAAGGAAAUGGUGGGCAACCCGGAUUCAGUCAAGAGUUCCAUAAAGCAUUUAUUACCGAAUAUAGUGCCAAUUCUGGGACCAUCAGGAAUAUAGUACAACAGGAAUGGGACACCUUUAGUGAUAUCACAGACCUUAUUAAUUUAAAAGGAAAAACAGUAAACACUGUGUUCAGAAAGGGGAGUAACAUCAAGAAUUUAUUAGAACAUGAACCCAGUAUAAAUAAGACAUUCCAACCAACGCCAGUGCUUGUAUGUGCUCCAAGCAACAUUGCUGUUGAUCAGCUGACUGAGAAAAUCCACCAGACUGGGCUGAAAGUUGUUAGGUUGUGUGCUAAAAGUCGUGAAGCUAUUGAUUCUCCAGUCUCCUUCUUGGCAUUGCACAACCAGAUUCGUAACAUGGAUAGGCGCAGAGGUAGACAUAGUGAACAUGACAGCUCAUCUCCCCGUCGAAAGGGCACAGAACUUAAUCUCCCAAGUUCAACGUUUUCUUCUGUUGCAAAAAGUAAAAGUGAGAAUGCAGAUGUCAUUUGCUGUACAUGUGUUGGAGCUGGAGAUCCCCGAUUGGCUAAAAUGCAGUUUCGUUCAAUUCUAAUUGAUGAGAGUACGCAGGCCACUGAGCCAGAGUGUAUGGUGCCAGUUGUCUUGGGAGCUAAACAGUUGAUUCUUGUUGGUGAUCACUGUCAGUUGGGUCCUGUUGUUAUGUGUAAGAAAGCGGCAAAAGCGGGACUUUCUCAGUCCUUGUUUGAGAGGCUGGUGGUCUUGGGGAUUCGUCCAAUUCGACUUCAGGUCCAGUACAGGAUGCACCCAGCACUUAGUGCUUUCCCGUCUAAUAUUUUCUACGAAGGUUCACUCCAGAAUGGUGUCACAGCAGCAGACCGUGUGAAGAAGGGAUUUGAUUUCCAGUGGCCUCAGCCAGAUAAACCAAUGUUUUUCUAUGUAACACAGGGUCAAGAAGAAAUUGCAAGCUCUGGUACAUCCUACCUGAACAGGACUGAAGCUGCAAAUGUGGAGAAGAUUACAACAAAGUUGUUGAAAGGAGGUGCUAAACCAGAUCAGAUAGGCAUCAUAACUCCUUACGAAGGUCAGAGAUCAUAUUUGGUGCAGUACAUGCAAUUUAGUGGCUCUCUGCACACAAAACUAUAUCAGGUACAGUGGUAUGGAGUGAUUAUUGUUGGAAAUCCAAAGGCCCUUUCAAAACAGCCUCUGUGGAAUCAUCUGCUGAAUUACUAUAAAGAACAAAAGGUGCUUGUCGAGGGACCCCUGAACAAUCUCAGAGAAAGCUUAAUGCAGUUCAGUAAGCCCAGAAAACUGGUCAACACCAUCAACCCAGGUGGCCGUUUUAUGAGCAAUGCUAUGUAUGACGCUCGUGAAGCAAUCAUACCAGGAUCUGUGUAUGACAGGAGUAGUCAAGGCCGACCAUCCAACAUGUACUUUCAGACUCAUGAUCAGAUUGGCAUGAUUGGAACUGGGCCCAGUCAUGUAGCUGCCAUGAACAUUCCUAUUCCCUUCAACCUAGUAAUGCCACCAAUGCCACCUCCAGGAUAUUUUGGACAAGCCAAUGGACCAGCAGCAGGUCGUGGAGCAAUAAAAGGAAAGAUAGGGCGGGGUGGACGUCAAAAAAAUCGUGGUCUUGGAAAUCAUGGAAAUAGCCAGUCAAAUAUGCCUAAUAGCCAAGCAAGUCAAGAUGUAGUAUCUCAACCAUUCUCGCAGGGUCCACUGACACAAGGCUACAUCUCUAUGAGCCAGCCAUCACAAAUGAGCCAGCCUGGACUUUCUCAGCCUGAGCUGUCACAGGACAGUUACUUGGGUGAUGAAUUCAAGUCUCAAAUUGAUGUUGCUCUUUCUCAGGAUUCAACAUACCAAGGUGAACGUGCAUAUCAACAUGGUGGAGUGACAGGGCUGUCACAGUACUAGAAUGUUAUGGGAGGAAGAGCUAAGCUAGAAAGUGGCUUAGUUCAUCAGCAUUUUAAUCUGGGAAAUAAAAAAAAAAAACAAACGGAUACCUGUUUUCCACUGCUACAACUGAAGCACCACUGUGUGAGAGCAACAGGAGAAACCAGCCAGUAACAAAAGAGAGAGGGAGAGAGCGAGACCACUGCUAGCACACUGAGACACGGAGACUGAGAGGAGUGGGGAAAAAGGCGCACCAGCUUGCGCCCCAUCAGGAAGGCGGGUUUGGUCUCAAACGUUGACGUACUCUUACCAUGCAGCCCGCCCGGAAAGAACGACUGAGCUGACCCCCUGCUCCCCCAGCAAAUGAAGUGAGAGAGAAGGGUCUCGUACAGCUUCUGCUUUCAUUCCAUAUCUCUGUUUACAGAGAAGCAGCAGAUCUAUUAAAGUGGGAGAAAAAAAUCUUUAUCUCAGAGUUGCUCUCUUGCUUUUAUGAGGGAUGUUGUAUUUAGUACUGAUCUUAAGUAUGAGGAAAAUAAACUGCAAUUAGAAGUUCUUUAACACCUUUUGUAGCCAUUUAGCUUGACUUGAUCUAAGCCAUCCUUAUCACAGUAGAGCAGAAUAUAUGUAAGAGCUCAACUUUGAGAUGCAGGUUUUCUUUCCAGGCCUGCUUUGAUACGUUGUAUCUUGAAAGGUGUCAGCUUGCCAGAAUCCUGCUUCAUUUCUUGACGGGUAUUGCACAUGACAGUUGUGAAUUCAGAGAAAUACUGCAUUUUCUGAGUAAGCUUGUCUUUGGAAUUUGAAAUGCAGCUUGAGCAAUCCUCGUACUGAGACACUUUAAAAAGGAAGUUUAAGUUCCAUCAUCGAAGAGAAUUGUUGGUGUAAGUUGAAGUUGCAGCAAUGGCUUAUUGAUCAGCCUCUUCUUCCUUAAUGACGGAAAGCAGUACUGACAGUGACGUGGAGUUUUGUGCUCCUUCAGGAGGAGGGUUUUUCAAUGUUUUAAUGCUCUGUGCGCUUUAAUUGGCUACUGUCUGGACUCUGCUCUGUGAAGAAAAAAAAACUUUCUGUAAGAAUGAACUGUGCUCUUUUAAAUAGGUUGGGUUCAAAUUCCUUUCGGCUUUGCAGGAAGUGAGAAAUGGUCUGUUUUCAAGAUCCCCCCAGGAGAACCAGUGAGAAGCUUUGUUGCUUAAAAAGUGGAUUAUACUGGUUUUGAAGAAAAAGAUUUAAACAGUAUUUGGAGGAUGAUUAUUUAGAAGAACUAAGAAACAGUCAUUUGUUGGGAAGGUGGCCUCUUGGUUGUAACUGAAAUGUAGCCAGUCAAGUUUUGCUCUUGACUGUUUGUAGCUCUACAUUGAUGGCUGAUUAAGUAGAGUUCACCAGUGUUGAAAGUAUAAUUAAGAGUGAAAGAAAUCACUUGGGAACAGGACACAGAUAUGACUUUGUAUUUUGUCUUGAAACUGGGCAACAGACAGUGGUACUUGUAGGGAAUAUUAACUGCAUACAAGGGAAAAGGACUAAAAAGACAGCCAGCCUUUUUAAGUUACAAACUCAAAUGAAAAAGGUAGAAGUCAAAACACUUAGUGUUGCCACUGAUGAAUGUUUUGUGCGCAUUUUAUUACUAAAGUGAACUUUAUGAAGGAAAAAAAUGCUGCCAGUCCAGUUCUUAAUGUGCAUUCAGUUAAAAAGUGCAUCUACCUCCUGACAAAGAACAAUACUAUAUGCAGUCACAGAAACAUUAACAGUUAAAGAACAGGUUUUAAAAUGCAGGUACUGUUGGGCUGUAAGCAUAAAUGUUUGAGGUCACUCAGAGUAUUCUGAAAUGAAAAUUGGGAGGUUGGGAAGAAAAAAGGUGUGCAUUUGUGUACCUGUUUAUCCUGCUGUAUUUAUGGAUGAAUUUUCUGUGUACUUAUCUUCCCCACUUUGUUUUAAAAGAAGUUGAGAAAUCCCUGACCACUAUUUGGAAUAUUUUCUUUAACCCAUAUUCUAAUAAAAAAAUUCCAUCAACUGUAUUGCUGCAGAGGAUGGUGAGAGAGAGAGAGAGAUGUGAAUGACACAAAAUGGUACUCUUAAGCAUCUGCCCAUAACCAUCAAAUGUCUUGUAGGAAUGCAUCUUUGGCUGCACCUGGACCUAUGCCAGUAGCAGAGACUUGUUCAGAAUGGAUAUGCAGAGGCAGGCUGUACUACAGGAAUGGGUUACCACUUUGGAAUGUACAGGCAGCAGACCUCAUAAUCUCCAUAUUUGGUGUACAUUUUCCACGCUGAGUCAAUGACGUUUUUUUCCUUGUUGGCUUUGUUCUAGCUCUUUGUUGGACAAAUAGCAUAUUUUUCAUAUUUCUGUUUGACCAGUGUUGUGUUCUGUGCGAAAAUGGUGCAUUAACUGGAAUCUGGUGUAGCACCUGCCAAGUAUUACAACUGGACUGGUAUUUCAUCUUGUGAGGAUUCCGUUGUUCUAGAUCUCUUGAUUAUUUUCUUGUUUCUUGGCCAUGUCAGCAUUAGGGAACAUUUUGGAUUUCUUUGUGUAUUGGAAGCCCUGACUAAAAGAUUUGACUGGGUAUAGGGCAUGAGAGGUCAUACUACUGAUUCCUAUGAUGCUUGUAUUCAGCCCUGAAUUGUGUACAUAUUUAGGAGAAAAGGACACUAUAGACUUAAACAGUAGACCAUUAAAAGUCAGUUACAUUAACCAUUUCCAUAUCGUACAACAGGUACUUUUUAUCUCUGUGUGUGACACAUUGCCUACUAAAAAGGUAUCAUCCUGAAGGCCUAGUGACAUUUUUAGAUUCAUAGUAAAAAUGCAGAAAUGUACUUAAAGGUUUACGUUGUGGUCGGCCUACUCAUGAUGGGUAUGUCAUCAAGUCUGUAUUAUACACUUCUGCUUUAUAAGCACAUUGAUCACAGUCCAGUUCUUCUGCUGUUGCAAUGGUUGUUCCUUGGAAUUGCAGGUCUUUUUUUGAAGCAUUAUUUCUAAGGAGGCAGUCCCCUCACUACAUGCAUAGAGUAAAACCUAGUUAGAGUAAUUUAAUGGGCUGUCUUCCCCGAAGAGAGCAGCAUUUGCCGCACUAAUGGUGUGUGGUUCUUCAUCUUUGUUGUUGUUAAAUGAAGGUUUUGAGCUUAUGAGAAGGUUUUUCAAGCCAUAUUGAGCACUGGCUACAGCAGUAACUUAUGCUGUUGUCUUUGAUUACAUCCCCACCCUCACCCCCCAUUGUUAUGGUCAGUUGCUUUUUUCAUGUAGUUUAUUAGAAUGUGUUGUUUUAGUCUGACAUUUUCAAGGCCUGUACUUGGUGCACUUAUUGUCAUCUCUGGUUCUUGUCUGCUUGUUUGAGACAUUGGUGUGCAUUGCGUUCAGCCGCUUCAUAUGUAGAGAUGAUCAUUCUUGUUUGGUGCAUUUUGGACAAGUAACAACUCUUGUUGUAGUGCCAGGAAUGAACCAUGAAGGUAGGGUUUCUUAAAACUGCUGUCAUUUUCUGAUACUUAGCCAGUUGAAAGUCUUGGCUUUUUGUUAAUGUUCAUGCCAGAGGUGGUCUUGUACAGUCUCAUGCCUUUUGCUACUGCUUUGCUAAUCAUAGUGUCCUUGGUUCUUUGGGACAUCAUUUCAAAACACUGGACAGUCUCGCUAAUGAUCAACGGGAGUCAAGUCCAAAGAAGCUGUCCAUGUACUGAGAGGCAGUUAUUCUGGUAAAACUAAUACUUGAUUGCAUGACUUGGCUAAUCAGGUUUACUUAGUAUAGCUAAUGACUGGAGUUCCUCAGUGAAAAAAAUGUGAGAAAUCUGCCGUUUCAGUAAAACAAAAAAUAUAUAUUUGUAUACAUAAAAAUGUGUGCGUGUGUGUGUGUGUGUGUGUAUAUAUAUAUAUAUAUAUAUAUAUAUAUAUAUAUAUAUAUAUAUAUAUAUAUAUAUAUAUAGUAUUAUUUUUUUACAAGGAACAGCAUUUUAUAUUAAUUGUAAUACUGAUGUUAAUAUGCAUGCAAACUUCUGGAUCUUCCUGUUGGCCCAUAUCAGGAGUUAAGUUUCCUUAUUUCCUUGAUUAUGACAAGUGAUCCUUAAUCGUUUAGAGUUGUCUGACUUGUAUAGUGUGAGCAGUACUUGGUUUACUUUUCUCUUUACUUGCCCCUUACUACAUCAUCCAGCAGUGGAGGCUUCUUUGCUGAGUACUUCAGAUCUUUCUUUUGCUCAGUUAUGAUUCUUUCCUUUUGGGCUUCCUCACUUACUGUCAGCUGAAGUGUUUUUUUUGUGUGUGUGUCACAUUUUGAUGUUGCAUGCCAGCAUUUGCUUCACUCAUGCCAUAUUCAGAUGAAGAUGGUCCUGGAUAUGUACACUUCAGCAGCUUGUAUGGCUCUUCAGACUUCUGUACUCUUAAUGAACAGAUGCAUUCCUAGAAGACAUGUACAUAAUGGAGUUGCUGUAGUUCUUGAUCUUGUAGAAGCAAGCCAUUUCAUUCACAAAUCUUUCUCUUUUCUCUCAUGGACUGGUGUUUUAUACACACCUUCUUUGCCUUCAGAAUGCAUGUGAUGGCUAAAUUAGCUUAUAUGCACAUCUUCAGCAGAUACAGGCUUAGGCUUGGCACAAGAAGUUAUAUUCAAACUCUUGUGCUCACCCUCAUAUCUCCUUGCUUAAUAGUUUGGUUGAAGUUUUUGAUCUUGCAGGUUUCUGUUGGUAGAAAACAUGUGCCUUUUCUGUUAGUAGAAAAUCUGUACUUAGAAGAUCGAGUUAAGUGCAUAAUUAUCAUUGUUUGCCACACAUUUGAUUAUGUAUAAACCUGCAUGAGAAAUUCAAAGAAGAAAACGCUGAAAUGUAACAAUUUUCCUUCCUGGGAUUUAGACUUCAGAAGUGUGAGUAUACAGAGACAUUGGCCACCUUCCUUUUAGUCAGAUGGGUUCUUUUAUAAAAAGGACUUAGCCGAAGGGCUUUUUUAAAACUUUUGCUUUUUGGAAGGCUGCAUACAAGAGUUUUCAGUUGAUUAAAAAAGCUUUAAUCUUUCUGUGCAAUGUAAUUGAGUAAUGUAAUUCCCUAUCCUCAUUUAUUUCACUGAUUGAAAUAAUCGGUUUUGCUUUGUGCUGUUUUAUUUUUUCCUUGUGGCAGUUAUUUGAGUUUUAUAAACCCCUAUUUUGUAGGUGCUAACAAGGCAUCUUAUAUUACAGAAAACUAGUUUGAUUUUUGUCAAUUGUUUUAACUUUAUUCAAUAAAUUGAUUAUUAGCUCUUGCAGUAA